AUGACAAUGUUUCCUCCCCCCGCACCUUCAAGCUCCAAACAGCCUGAAAGUUUGGUGUGUGAUGACAAAGUUGAUAAUGAGGACAAAACCCUGGGCGUUGUUUUGUCUUUACUCUCCCACGUCUCCCCCAAUCCCAGCAAUGCCAUGUUGCUGAUGUCCGCAGUCCUUGACAGUGCCCAGGGAAACCCCGUUCCUCUCGCUCCCACCAUCGCUUUGACCUCGUCGUCUACCACUGUCGCGCCGACUCCCUUUGCUACCACUGUUCUAUUGGCUGUUUCAUCCCACGGUCCCCCUGUUCCUGUCGCAGCCAUAGGUGCAUUGGCAUCUAGUACCAGGACCCACAAUGGUCAGGCAUACAAUGUUCCCAAGGGUCCUGUUACAGGAGCAGUUUAUUUAGUUACAAGGGGUCACCGUAUCGGCAUUUUUUCCAGCUGGCAACUCACAUCCCCCCAUGUGACGGGUGUCAGCCGUUGGCCUUCCGUUGAGGCUGGGAUCACUGCCAUGGAGGACGCGAUUGAUGCGGACACGACACAAAUUUUGCCUUAA